UGCACACGAUGCUUUCCGCCCAGGUCGUGCACCAAGUACCACAUCCCCACAGUUUGGUGGUGAACUGAGUGCCGCAGCCCCUGGCUUGGAUUUAGGUGAGAAAUGGGGUGAACACGUUGGGUCCCACCAAUGGACCGCUACAGCCAGCAGGAUCAGCGCUGCCCACCCUGAGCACCUCUUAGAGACCUCCUCUUGAGUCAUGGAAAAUCUUCAGCCCCGAGAAAGCGUUGAGGCAGGAAACUCCCAGGGAGUGGAGAUGUGGGGCCAGAGUGAGGCUGUGGGGUGGGGGACCUCUGUAGGCACAGGGCUGUGGUGUUACCAUGUGGAGAGUUUGGUGGCCCUGUGGAGCCGCCAUUCAUCAGCACUGCCACCAAGUCGAUGGCGAGCGGCUUCCUUUGCAUGCCUGACCUGGAUUUGGGGAAAUUAAUUAGGGUGCAAUCAAUCAGUGCCUCCCCAGCACCCAUGUGCCUCACAGGGACAUGCUGUGUCCCCAGAAUGCCUGUAACUGGGAGAAGAGUAGCAGUGUUUCAGGCACGAGACACGUGGAGCUCACCCAGCUUUGGGUACCAGCUCCAGCACUCAGCUCGCCUUCUCCACGCUGCCUGCAGCCCUGCGAGGACUCCAAGGAAAAGGAAGGUCCACGUGGCCCCCAGUGCUGGGCACGUUCACUUCUCCUUGAGCUCCCUCCUUCUGUGGGGUUGGGGGCUGAUGGGGAUCUCUUGGUGGAGAGGGAAUGGGGAUGGGAUGGAUGGGAAGGAGUGGAGAUAGGGAUGGGAUGGGGUUGGAGAUGGGAUGGGGAGGCAGUGGGUAUGGGAUGAAUAUAGAUGAGAUGUAGGCAGGGAUGGGAUGUGACGAGAUUGGAGAUGGGAUGGGGAUGGGAACAGGAAUGGGGACAGGAAGGGGACGAGAUGGGGAUGGAAAUGGAGAUGAGGAUGGAGUGGGGAUUGGAUGGAGAUAGGGAAGGAGGUAGGAUGUCAUGGGAUUGUAGAUGGUUUGGGGAUGAGCAUGGGGUCAAAAAUGAGGUACAGUUCCCCUCUUUCUCUCUGGUUCUGCCCCUGGCGAGGCAGCUGCCAUGAUGCAACUUCAAAUGAGGAAGAUGUGACGCAAAAACCACAGAGGGAAGAAAAACAGCCUACUGCUGCCUGCCUGCUCCCCCCCCUCCGGGCCUCCCUUCCCCAGGCUGGGUACAGAGGCGUUGCUGCUCCACACACCUCCCGCUCAGCCACCAGCACCGGGGCGGAGGAGGCAGCACGGCUCCAUGGCAGCCCAGAUGCCCACCCUGUGCCUUCUGCUCAUGGUGGGAAUGUGGGCUGGCUGCAGGCACAGAGGAGCAGCUCUGGGCCCUGGAGAAAAGCCCAGCUUGCGGCUCUCCGGUGGUGGCUGCCGCUGUACUGGGCUGCUGGAGGUGCAAAUGGAGUGGAGCAGAUGGAGUCCUGUGUGCUGGGAUGGUGUGAGCCAGGACAGCGUGUGCCAGCAGCUGGGCUGCGGCCCUCCUACCAGGCUGAGCUUCAUGCCUCCCAACCUCGAGGAGCAGCAGGCAUGGGCUAUGCGGUGCAAGGGGAUGGAGAGGUGCCAUUGGGUGGCCGCCAACUGCAGCCAGCAAGCCAUUGUCGCCUGCAGCGAGCCAGAGCCCACCAGAACCGAGCCCCCACCUCUACCUCCCACCACCAGCCCCGAGCCCACCGGCGCCCCAUGGCUGCGGUUGGUGGAUGGCAACUUCAGCUGCUCAGGCUUUGUGGAGCUGCACCUGCGGGGCCGAUGGGGGGCCGUGGCACUCAGCCCAAACGUUUGGCCAGAGCUGCCCACCCGCAUCUGCCGUGCACUUGGCUGCAACAACCCCAGUGGUAUCCCCACUGGUGGUCCCAUUGGUGGCCCAGUGGGUGGCCCCAUGUCUCUGCCACCACAGAGCCGCCUGCCCGUGAGGUGGGAGGCAGUGGUGCCAUGCACCAGCCCUGAAUUGCUCGAUUGCUUCAGCUGGACCAGUCACGGGCACGGGAAAGCAUCCACCUUCCUCAUCUGCCCAGGUUCCCAGCCACGUGCCGGGCGCAGGCUGGCAGGCGGCCCCACGCCAUGCGAGGGGCACAUCGAGGUGUUCCAGAGGGGCCACUGGCACAUGCUAUGUGAUGAGCAGGUACACCGUGUCGAGCGAGGCCGCCAGCUCUGCAGGGAGCUGCGCUGCGGGGACCUCUCCUUCAGCGCCGAGCUGCGGGACUCCCAUGCCAGUGGGAUCAUCUGCAAGGAGCGUUACCUCCACCUCUGUCCCGAGAGCCCCAAGGAGGUCCAGGGCUGCUCUCGCACCCAUGUGGUCUGCCAGAAGUCGAAGCCACCUCCUGCUGGCACCGCACCUGGCACAGUGGCUAGCAUCUGCCUGGCCCUGCUCCUGCUGGGAGUCCUGCUGCUCAUCUGUGGCCCCCCCGCUUACAGGAGGCUGAUGAAGAGGAUCUCCAAGAAGAAGCAGCGGCAGUGGAUCGGCCCCACAGGACUGCACCAGAGCGUUUCCUUCCACCGCAACAGCACUGUCACCCCGAGGGUAAGAGUGGAGGAGCAGAGGGUGCAGGGGAGGGACAAUGAUUAUGCUCAGCCCCCCCAGAAGAGCCUGUCGGCGUACCCAGCCCUGGAAGGCACAGCACGAGCUUCCAGCGCCGUGGAUAACUCCUCUGACAGCGACUACGAUCUGCACUCUGCCCGCAGGCUGUGAGAGGCAGAGGUAGGGCCGCCCAAUGAUGGGAUCGAUUAAUUCAGCUGCACAGAGCUGGUGGAACAGAUGGAUGGAUGCCCAUAUAUCCCCAUCCCCAUGGUGCUGGAGCCCACCCGGCUCACUUGGAGAUCUCUCUGCUGGAGCAGAGCCCACUCGCAUCCUUUGCUGCACUCAUCUCUGACCCCACAAUGGCCUCAGGGUGCUGAUGUGCCCCAGCCUCUGAGCAACCUUUUGCUUCUUCCUGCUCAUUCUCUCACUUCUGGGCCUCCUUCCUGCCUGGGAAAGCACAAGGUGGGGGCUUUCUGAGCUCUGCAUGCAUCUGAAAGUUUACCAAGGGCUGCUGUGAUGCAACCGCGCACCUCGGAGCUGUAAGGAGAGAAAUGAAGUUGGUUGCGCGUGCGCAGGACAGCACAAGGGCUGUGCAAAAAGCAAAGUGCGGAUGGGCAGCACAGGAAGAACAGAAACAUCGAGAAGCAAUCCAUUUAGUUGGUAAUAAAACGGUUAUUUCUGGUAA